AUGAAGCAGUUCGGUCACAAUAAAGAAGAGAAAUUAGGUCUUAAUGUGCGUCCUUCUUUGAAGGCAAGAAUACGGCACGUUCAAAAGCCCACAUAUUCCAUCACAAAAGUUAAUCAACACAAAGAACAAAAGUCUGGUAACACAAUGCGCUGUGCAGCGUCUUCUGUAAUUCGGUUGGUACAGCACCCUUUUCGUAAGCUGAGGGACGCGAGCUCGAAACCCGGCGCAAUCGCUUGCUCUUUCGGCUGA